AUGGCCAUUACUGACGGAACUGGGAAGCCUGCUCAAACCAGCUCACAGCAAGGGCAGGUAUUGACCUCACUUCCGGUAGGCUCAAGCGGUGGCAAAUCAGAAGACAAUACCACUCGAUCACUACUGCCCCUUCGGGCUCCUAUGAUGGUCAAACCCAAAUGGCAUGCGCCGUGGAAGCUUUAUAGGGUGAUUUCUGGACAUACGGGAUGGGUACGUGCCGUUGAUGUGGAGCCACAAAAUCAGUGGUUUGCCAGCGGGGGAGGUGAUCGUAUCAUAAAGGUGAAGUGGUUAUCAAUAUUUAUGAUCUCUUGGCCAUCCCGAGCUAGUUCUCUUUUAAGAUUUGGGAAUUAG